CGUUAUCGUUGUCUGCAAUGGGUAAGAUUUCCCGAGAUGCUAUCAAAAGAAGCAAGAGUAUUGACAAUCAACUUCAAGCUGACAAAGACAAAAAACAGAACGAGUUAUCCCUCCUUCUUCUUGGGGGCGCAUGUUGUGGUAAGAGCACAUUUGUUAAACAGUUAAGAAUACAUUACGGAGAUGGGUUUCCAAGAGGAAGAGAGGCUGCAAUACAAGAAUCAAGUUCACGAAAAUAUUUCUGGCGCAGCUAAUAAAAUCAUAGACAAUAUGCAAAGUUCAAAGAUAACAUUUGAAACAGAAGCAAUGCAGACACAAUCGGAGGAGUUUCAAAGACGUAAUCCCGUCCUGGACAUAAAUGAAAUGCUCAAAAACACAACACCAGUAGAAGAUAAACCUACGUCCACAAAAGGCGCAAAUUGCCUGUUGGCUAUGGCCUGUAACGAACUAACUAAAAGAUUUGCAUAUCUGAAUAUUAAAUGCAAUGGACUGUCAGAGAUAGAUCAGAAGCUAUUGAUGCUGUUUUGGAAAGAUUCAGGUUAUCAGAAAAGCUAUAAACAACUCAAGGCAAUUAAAGGAGGUCCGGGUUCGUUGACACCCCAAGAAUUAUAUUUCUGUGAUAGUAUGGAGCGUAUGCUGAAGGAAAACUACGUGCCAACCCACCAAGAUAUUUUAUUCAUUAGACGUCCAACACUUGGUGUCAUUGAACACAUUUUCAACGUUGAUGACUUAAUUUACAGAGUAAUUGAUGUUGCGGGACAGAAAAGUCAAAGGAAAAAAUGGAUUCAUUUGUUUGAGAACGUGACGGUCGUUCUUUUCUUUGUGUCACUCAGUGCAUUCGAUGAAGUGUUAGAAGAGGACGAAACAUUGAACUGUUUGACUGAUAGUCUCAGCACAUUCCAUGACGUUUCUCAUAACCAUUAUCUUGACAAGACGGAUUUUCUUCUGUUCCUAAACAAACACGAUCUUUUCACAGAAAAGCUGAAAUCUGUCAAAUUCAAAUCCUUUGUCAAAUCAUAUGAAGGUGAGAACACACCGGAUGCUUGCAUAAAAUUUAUUCGAGAUCUGUUUCAUCAACAUCAUCCGUGUCAUAAACAAGUAUAUACACAUGUUUCAUGUGCUACUGAUGUUGAAAUGAUGAGUGAUAUUCUGUCUAAAGUUCUUGACAUUAUUGCAGAAAUAAAUGUGAGAAAAUCAGGGACAUUGUUUUGAAGGUAUACAUGUAGAAGUCGCCCUCUGUCAAAGGUUAACGACAUAUAAUAAUGCACCAUCUUCAUUAUUUGGUUAUAACAUGCUUUUAAGCAUUUAACAAAUAGUCAUACGACUGUGCAGUUAAGUGUUAUAUAUUUCAUCUAUGCAUAAAUGUACAGAAAUUGUGUUUAGUAAAAAUCAAAGACCUUGCUUUACAGUAUUACACACAAUAACAUUGUUACUGUUAAGUUAACUCAAGUACGAGCUAUUUGUGCUCUGAAAAUCGAUAGACGUCCAAUACUGCUUAAUGCUGACCCUCAACAAUGCCGUCAAUGUUUGCGGGAUUAUGAAAAAUAUUUUAUACACAUAAACUCACUGAUGAUUUAUCAAAAUUAUUAUAGAUUAGAUGAACUUUUGCUCCUCUAUGCAUUAAUGUUUGUUAUAAUAAUUAUAUGUUUUAUGAUAUAUAUAUAAUCAAAACACAUUUAAAUUAACAUUUAAAUCAUUUAAAAUGGUGUUAUAUUGUCUUGAUAAUAUGUUUGUAUUAUAGAAAUGAAAGUGUAAAUAAAUUGUUAAUGUUUG